AUGUUCAGCUACAAGUUACUCUUGGUCUGCCUUAUGGUGGUUCACUGCGUUCUUAGCAUGCCCUUUCCUGGAGAUGAAAUAGUUGCAGUGGAAAGUAGUGCAGAGGAUCAGGGCGUCGACGACUUGGCGACUGCUGAACAUCAUAGCCAGGGAUAUGGAGGUUAUGGCGGAUACGGCGGAUAUGGCGGAUAUGGCGGAUACGGAAAUGGUGGCUACGGAAACUACGGAGGCUAUGGAGGCUACGGUGGGGGAUACGGUGGCUACGGUGGACACGGACACGGACAUCACCAUCAUCACCACGGUUACGGCCGCAAAUAG